CAGGCAACAUCGAUACAUAACAGUUCGCACAUCUACCCAAUCUCCCGCAUGUCCCUAUCGUAGUGCAUCGCAUGCGUCUCGGUCUUGAUGCCACGCCGACGCCGCCCUCCUCGACCCGGUGCACUCGCGGAUCUCUCCCCGACGCGAAUCCUCUCCCAGAUUGUCCUCCUACAACUCGCCUACUAUGUAUGCGCCGCUGUCCUUAUCGUUUUUACGGCGCUGGUCGCGGGUAAAGAGAUAAGCGCAGACCUCAUCUUCAGCUGGCGCAGCUUGAGCGGCGAUACUACAGUAGGGUGGACGCUGGGGUUGGUGUGGGUAUUGAAUAGCCUCACUUGCGUCAUAUUCAUACUCCUUCUCAUCGCCCGUUCCAAACUCGUCCUUGACUUUGCCCUGACUGUGCACUUCAUCCAUCUGAUCGUCACGUCCUUGUACACGCAUGCGAUUCCCUCGAAUGUCUUCUGGUGGGCGCUUCAGAUGUGCAGUGCGACUAUAAUGACUUCUCUUGGCGUGUGGGCGUGUCAAUGGCGUGAGCUGAAACCUAUCAAUUUUGGGAGCAAGCCUGCAGCGAGACAACAGCAGGCUGCAGAUGACGGUGAAGGGGAGUCAAGGGGAAGAAGUCGGGGGAGAGGAAGAGAUGGAGCAGGGGAGUAUGAGAUGGUCGAUAUGAACGAGGGUGCCAACCGCGUCUGAUAGGAUGUGCAUUUUUGCAUUGCUUGGAGUUUGGGGUUGUUCUGGAUGGAACGAUGGCAAUAGCCGCUUCUGGAGGAGAGUACCUACGACCAUUGUAAUAUUAUACCCUUUGGGUCUUUGCACCCGAUGAUACGGUAAUCCGCUUUUUCUAGGCUAUUGGCCAAAUAUGUAUUUUCCUGGUUCCUUUGGCCGAUCGAACAAGGUCUGUAGUUGGAUAAUCAACAUAACUGAACACAGC